CGCGAGCCUUGAGUCCCGGCAGCACCCGGAAGCGAUUCCCUGCCUGGAGGCUGUGCGGACCAGAGUCUCAGGAAAAGACUAAAGAUUAGAUUGGAAGAAGAGAGAGUAGAAGCCAUGUUUCGAAGACCUGUAGUACAGGUACUUCGUCAGUUUGUAAGACAUGAGUCUGAAGUAGCUAGCAGUUUGGUUCUCGAAAGAUCUCUGAAUCGCGUGCAGUUGCUUGGUCGAGUAGGUCAGGACCCUGUCAUGAGACAGGUAGAAGGAAAAAACCCAGUCACAAUAUUUUCCCUAGCAACAAAUGAGAUGUGGCGAUCAGGGGAAAACGAAACCUACCAAAUGGGUGAUGUCAGUCAGAAGACAACAUGGCAUAGAAUUUCAGUGUUCCGACCGGGCCUCAGAGAUGUGGCGUAUCAGUAUGUGAAAAAGGGGUCUCGAAUUUAUGUGGAAGGGAAAGUAGACUAUGGUGAAUAUACGGAUAAAAAUAAUGUCAGACGACAAGCAACAACAAUUAUAGCUGAUAAUAUUAUAUUUCUGAGUGACCAGAUGAAAGAGAAGCCGUAGACUGGACGAUUCUUCUCUGGCCGGUGUUUGGGAAGUUCCUUCAGUGACCUAAGUCUGCCGGGAGGGUCAUCCUGUGUGCUUCUCUUCACCGUCAUCUGACUUUCUUGCCUAAAAUGUGGCUGUGGUGGCUGAAUCUCCAGUAGCCAUCUUGAAGCGUGAGAUGGUCUUCAGGCUGUGGAAGAAAGAGGAAGCUGGGAUCCGUGAUGACCAUGGAGCUACCACACCAGUCCUGGACAGUCUACUUCUGGACUUCUUUUGGCAACACAAAUAAAUCUACCUUGUAGCCA